UAUGUAAGCCGUGCGUGCGAGAUCAAACUCGAUACUUAUCCUCUCUAUAUCAUCUCUGGUGGAACACAAUUCAAUAGAAAUGUAACAACAGAGCACCAUGAUAUAUACCCUUUCCGCAACGACGAUAGAGUUGGAGAAGAAGGUUUCGCCCUCGAGACAGUGAUAAACAAAAACGUCAUCCUUUGCGAGACCCAAGCAAACAUCAGUAUUGACACAACACCUUUCGGUAUUUCUACAGAAAGAUGGCCUGGACUGGAAGCUCGAGAAGGUUUGGUCAUCAAAGCUAGUGCGGCAAAAUACGGUAUCGGAUUUGGCGAAUCGUAUGCCGUCCCCAUGAGCGUGAGUUCUUCCAUAAACUGGUUGCAGGAUGACUUCUGGGACAACCGUAUUCAGCGAUUUGGUGACGGAGCCGUGAACAACUACAAAGCUGUGGGCGUGCGGUUUUCACAAGCUGACCAACUUGACUAUGACGAUUUGGAAAGUCCGACGAUAAAGCAANAGCAAGAUGCCUUGACAGGCGCAUGGGAGGAAGAUCCCGAGAUUGAUUCUGAUGCCGAGUAUCCGGAUGUGGACGAGGGAAUCAUUUACCCGAAUAGGAUUUUGACUCUUUUGGGUCAAGAGAUGAGUGAUUCUGAUGUUGAAAUGGGAGAUGGGGAAGAGAGAGAUGACGAAGACGAUGAUGACGAGGCAGAGUAA